CGUCUCUUCAGUCAAAAUCGUGUCUUUCCUCUACACUGUAACACUCCUAUUUCUCCGGGGAACAAGCAUUUAAAGUAGCCUCCCUUGUUCUUUGUUGCCCCUUGGCUUAUUAGAGAGAGACCGGUGACAUAAACUCCCCUCAUCUCCUCAACAAAGGGAGGAUAAAAAUCUGCAAAUAAGGUUUUUUUGUCUGGACUAAAUUAAGAAAAAAUGGAUUGGCAAGGGCAGAAGCUAGCAGAGCACCUUAUGCAGCUCUUGUUAGUGUGUUUUGCAGUUGUGGCAUUUAUCACAGGCUAUGUGUUGGGGUCGUUCCAGAUGAUGAUGUUGAUCUAUGCAGCUGGUGUGGUGUUGACAUCUCUGCUUACAGUUCCCAAUUGGCCAUUCUUCAAUCGCCAAGCCCUCAAAUGGUUAGACCCAAGUGAGGCUGAGAAGCACCCGAAGCCGCAGCCUGCUGUUUCUGGCCCGAAGAAGAAGACAUCAAAAAAGUAGGCUUUUCAGUUUGUCCUAUGUUGAAAAUGACUACAUACAUUUUGUCGUACGAUUGGUUCAAAUGAAUAUUUGCCUUGCUGGUAGAAUCAUACGGUUAUAAGUCGAAUGUUCCAAGGACAUGUUUGGUUCAUAAGUUGUAUGACUAAUUUGAUCAUAUGGUUAAUACAUUAGUACUCUUGAGGUUA